CGUUGCACUAAAGCUGGUUAUCAAGGGUCAGAAAUGGCGACCCCUUUACGGUAAUCCGCCACCGAAAGCCUCCUGAAAUAUCGUGUUUUCCAGGAAUUGAUUGGAUUCAAUCAUGGCGAGCAAACGUCGGCUUGAAAUGACUCCUGCUAGAUGUGAUCAGGAUCCAGAUUAUGAAGUCAUCACCACGCCAACCGUUGCUAAGAGACAACGAGUUCAAGAAGAAGAUGUUAAAGACCAGACGGUGCAUCGAAUGCAAGUUGUUAUUAAGAAGCAAUUUAAUCUGGCUCUUAUAGACAAGGAGAAAGAGAUAGAGCUUGUAGAUGAGAGACUUCAGAAGGCUCGUGUCCAACUUGACAAGCUCAGAGCAUGCAUUGUGGCAAGGUAUUAUGGGAAGGCCGGCCUAUCAUCUUCAGCGGGCGAGAAGAGUAAGCAGAAGUUGGACCUGAGUCAUCCUGCUAUUCAACGUGCCCUUGGUGCCCCUUUACAAUCUUCCAGUCCACCUCCUAUUAUACCAUUAAAUGAAGGAGACACCACUCUCUCACGACCUUCAAGUCACGAAGAUCCCCCUCAUCUACGUGUAGAGAGUGGAAGGUCAACACCUAUUGGUGAGCUCUUGAGUCGCACGGAUGCUUUUUUAGAUUCUGAUAGAGGAAGUCCACUCCUAGGCCCCAAAGGUCCAAGGAACUCCGGAGAGGAUACAUUUGGAGUUGGACCUCCUCUUGAUAAUCUCAAACCUCCAGUGAGUCAGAUAGAUGCAGGUCAAAGUUCACGAUUACAUGUUAAGAAACGUAUCAUCGUUGGCAAUGUAUCAAAAUAUAUACCCCCUGGUCAUCGUGAAGACAGUGAUCCCUCUACUCAUAAAUGGAUGGUAUAUGUAAGGGGUCCUCCUGAAGAACCAAGGAUUCAUCAUUUUGUUGAGAAGGUUUGGUUUUUUCUUCAUCCAAGCUACAGACCAAAUGAUCUUCUAGAAGUCAAAGAACCCCCAUUUCAUCUGACGAGGAGAGGAUGGGGGGAAUUCCCCAUCCGUGUUCAGCUUCACUUUAAAGACCCACGCAAUAAGAAGGUUGACAUCAUUCAUCAUCUUAAGUUGGACAGGACAUACACAGGAUUACAGACUCUUGGUGCUGAAACGAUCGUUGAUGUUGAGUUGGACCGCUACCUCUUCAAUGAAUCAGGUGAUCCCUUAUCUCGACCUUCGACUCCAACGGUUACCAAGGUUAACUACAAAGAAGGAUUGAAACCAGACCUUUCAAGAGUUCCCACUCCAAUUCGCAGCUCUCUUUUACUCUCCAAUGAUGAUGCUAGGAGGCAGAACCUAACAAGCCCAAGUCCAUUACUCCUUGAAACAUUGGCUAAAACUCCUGAUUCUACUCCUGAUGGAUCUCGGCCUGCCUCUAGGAACUCCAGCCUAUCAAGUCCUCUUGUCAAGACAUUACCUGGAGAGGAUAGCAGUCGAGCCACACCCAUUUCCAUAGACUCUAACUUUGAGAAACUCAGGGAAGAAAAUUCAGAUAUGACAUCAUCAUCUGCAUUAUCACUAGGGAAGCUAUCAUCCAAGGUCAAAGCUCAAUCUGGACCUGCUCUACUCAAACCAAUCCGUACCAUGCCACCAUUAGGUCCCAUCUCAUCCAAACCCAUUGAGACAAUUAAAACAACCCAAGUCAGUCCUUCUGAGUCUUUGGUAUCUUCCUCUCUAAUAUCAGGGAAUGGAGGAACUAUUCCUGUUAACAGUCAAGUAGGCAAGGAUACCCAGGUCUCACCUACGCAUACAGGAGCGAUUAAUGUCGGUGACAUUGCCAGAGCUUCACCUGGAAGUAAACAGAUUCGAAUCAGAGAUGGGCAGAUCAUCCAGGAUAUGCCAUCAGGAAUCGUCUCUCCUUCGCAAACAAAGACAGAUAAUAAGAAAGUUGUGACUUUGAACCAGCCAGUGCUAGGUGCAAAAACUAAUGGGAAAGUGAUAUCAUCUGCUGGCUCCAGUACAGUAGCCCUUCAAAGGAUCCCAGGAACAAGUCUUUCAGGACGGCCACAAACCAUUGUCAGUUCCUCUAAUCAGUCAAUACAGAAUACUGUUAGUCUAGCAAAGCAACCUGUCAUAGCAUCUCCAGUGGUUGGUAAAGGACAGACUGGAGUGACCUUAGUACAGCAGACACCGUCAUCGGUCAGAGUUCAACAGGGCCAGCAGCCUGGUAUCAUGCCAGUCGUGUCUAAUCCACCAGCUGGUACACAGUAUUAUGUCACUGCUAAAUCAACAGAUAAGAACCUUCAAGGGAAGGUUAUCUUGAUUCCUCAACAAGUGUUCUCUGGUCAAUCAGGAAAAGGGAAUCGAGGAUCCAAUCAAUCUCAAUCAUCAAAGCAAGGUUCAGGAUCGUUCCUUUCACCAAGCAAUGUUCUUAUCCUUCCUCAAGGUUCCAUCGUUCCACCACUUCCACCAGGAAGUAUUGUUCAAAUCCAACCCGUUCCUAAUCCAUCUUCCCGUCCAUCUCCUCCGCUUCCUCAACCUAACACCACCAACCAGCCAAUGACUCGUAUCGCCCUCACCCAGAAAUCGGGUGCAUCUACCAUCAUUUCCCCCAAACCAGCCACACAACGAGUGGGGUCAGGUGGAGGUGUUAUCCAGAUUCAGCGUUCUGCUGGUCAGACGUUAGCCAAGCUUGUACCUGCAGCCCUUGGAACCUCUGCAAGUCAACAGGUAUCUUCCAGUAUUUCACUUAUCCCUGAAAUGAAAGGACAACUUGCCAGAACUCCUGCAGGCGGUGUUGUCCUGGUGCAACGAACACCUGCAUCAAAGAGCACCAAUAUCCAAACGAUUUCAGGUAUUCAAAAUGUCAUGUCUGGUCCUAUCUCUCAGAAGAUUGCCCUUAAUCCUAUUCCAAUGGCUGGUUUAUCGCAACAGAAAGUUUCUUUGCCUAUAAAGGGGGGUGCAUCAGUGCUUCUCUCACAAGCUUCAAAAGCAGUGUCCUCAAAAACAGUUGUGCUUCAAUCACAGCCACCAUCAUCAAUGACAAACUCUACUAAAACAAUACAAGUAAGAACAGGACAACCAACUGUCAAAACAAUUACCAAGUUUGUACCACCUCUUGAUGAUGUUAAAGGUCAUAUUUCAAAAGUGUCAGAUAAAACAUUGACAGGAAACACGGUAAGAGAGAUUGGUGGAGAUGGUUUAUUAAAGGAUGAUACUCCAUGCGGUACCUCUAUCCCCAACAACGCUUCAAAUGGCAGUAGACUGUCAAAUAAUUCAUUGAACUCUGUAAGUGAGAAAAGGUCAGAUCUGACUGAAGCUGACAAAGCCAUCAAUGAUGAUAGUAAUGUAGAAGCUACCUCAAGUAAAUCUGCAUUGUCAACUGAGGGAGAUGUGCAAAGUCUUGAAUCUAUGCAAGUAAACGAAUCUGAAAUUUGCAGCGAUGUUGAAGUUACUAACAAUGUUAUCAUUCAAACUGAUAUUAGUGCUCCAAAAGAUAAUGCUUUACAUGGUUCAUCAAAUGACUGUACCAUAGCAAUCAAGGAGGAACCAAUUGAAGAAACAAUGGAAGUAGAUGUUGAACAAACUACAGGAAACUUGAAUGGCCACUGCAACAAAACCAAAAGUAUCUUUGUCAAGCAGAAUCCACAGGUUAUAACCAGAACUAAUAGCAUUGGAGAGGAAGUAAAAAAGACUAAUGGAGCUGUUGUUUGUGACCUUGCUCAAAACAACAAACUAUCCAUCUCAACUGCAAAAACAAACAUUACCAGCAACUGCAUGAUCAAGGUUGUAAACACAAAGCUUCAGAAGCCAUCUUGUUUAGCCAUUGAUGCAUCGAAGACUGGGAACAAAGUACGGGUAAUUAGGAUCAAACAGGAGCCUGGGACGGAUCCGGUGUUAGCUACACUUGCAUCAGCACCUAUCUUGACAAUUGAUGAAAGCAAGGAAGGUAUGAUUGUCAGGAAAGAAGAUGAAGGAGGUGGAUGGGAGAGUAAGGAAUUAAGAUUAUGGAAGAGAAUUCUUGAAGAUCACUUUGAAGAACAAACUAACCUUUAUGGAGUGACAUCUGUUGAGCAGUUAAUCAAGUAUGUGGCUGAACAAGCUCCUCUUAUAGAUCCUACAAGAGUCCAAAAUGAGUUACCAUUUUGUGCUACGUCAUUGGAGCACUAUCACUCAUGGACGCUAGCUAAGCGUCGCUCUAUGGAAUGGCAGAGGGCAGUAUACAUACAUGCUAAGGUUAGCCGUCUUAAAUCUCUCAUUGAAUGUCUGCAUUCAUUACCAAUGUGGAGCAAGAAGAAGAUUGUUUUAUGGUGUAGACAUCAUGGAUUCACUCCCCCAGAACCAGGUUUGAAGAGUAAGGCUCAGAUGUCAAUAUGCAAAUUAUGUGGCAAGACUGAGUGCAAAGGAAGUGAGGAAUAUCAAGUAAAAUAUUCUACAACUACAGGGUGUCUCAGUAAUCAUCUGAGUAAAACAGGUGUGCUAAAGAAUACAACUUUCAGUGUCCCCAAUGAGCUUGGUGAAAGAUUGAAAGCCAGUCAAUCAAGCGGUAUGAAUGAUGAUGAUGAUAUAGAGAUUGAUAUCAUCAGCUUAGGGGAUCCAUCUAAGAGGUUAAAGGUCAAGACAGAGGGAAUAGAGAAACAGCAGCUGAAGUGCUUUAUGCCACCAAGCGAGGGAGCCCUUUGUGUAAGAGAGGCAGCAGAAAAGAUUGGUGUUCAUUUUAGACCAGUACAAGUUGGCGAGGAUACAUAUUCACCAGUCAUCCAAGAAAUGAUAUAUGCUGCAACAAGACAAUUCCUGAGUGAUCUUGUCAGAACUUCCCUUUCAAAGAGUUUUGGAAACAGUAAAGAACACAGGCUUCCUGAAGAGAUAUUGCCCCUCCAUGUUCAUCAAGCUGUUUCUAGUUUGCCAUCAUGUGACUUCCUCACUAACAAUCAUCUAGGAGUGAUUGCCAGCAGCUCAGAUUGCAAGAAAGAAUGAAAUCAACUAGGAGUGAUUGCAUCAGCUCAGAUUGCAAGAAAGAAUGAAAUCAACUAGGAGUGAUUGCAUCAGCUCAGAUUGCAAGAAAGAAUUAAAUCAACUAGGAGUGAUUGCAUCAGCUCGGAAAGAAUGUAACCUAAUAUUGAUAGCAUGUAGCUCAGAUUGUAAGAAAGAAUUCAAUUAACUAGGAAUGAUUGCAUCAGUUGAGAUAGUAAGAAAUAAUGCAAUCAUUGUGGAGUGAUUGUAUUAGCUCAGAUGGAAAGAAAGAAUGCAAUCAUCCAGAAGCGAUUGCAAGCAGCUCAGAUAGUAAUGAUUGAUCAGUAAUGAUUAAAGAAAUGAUUGAUCGAACAAUUAUUUUCAGAGUGAUUGAAAUCAGAUUAGAUAGUAAAGAAAAUGGUUGUUUGACACACUUAGAUGACAGUCAUUAAUUGGCAAAUGAAAUAGGAGUUAAAGGGAAGUACAUCAUGCAAUCAUAAUAACAAUUAGAAAUAAAUCUGAUCAUCUAGACUUACUGUUUGAAAUGGAGAGAACAUUUUCACAUCCAAUGCGGGACGCUUCUUCAGCUCGGUAGGGAUUGAAUGGUCAACCAUGUACCCUAUAAGACUUGAAUACAUAUAUUAGUCAUAUACUGGGGUAAUAGUAUGCAGCACUCAAAAUCAUUAUUUUUGUAACCAUCAUCAUGUAAUGGUUCUCCUUACAAUCAUAGGAAUAUGGGUUUGAAUCCUACAGCGAGAAAUCUAUCCACAUCGGCUGAUCUCAACCCAGGUGAGGUGAAUAGGUUUCUAUAAGGGUUUAAUA